AAUGAAGAGCCCUGCAGCCAGAGAGAUUCUUUUCCCUUCCUAUUAGAUUCCAUGUCAGAUUUUCUGGGAGCUUACAAGAGGCGUGCCUGUGUGUGGAUGGAGAGUUGGAAGCAGAGAGGAGAAUUGCAGCUGUGCAAGGCUGAAUUGCCACUGUGUGGAACAGAGCUCCGAGCUGAGGAUGUUUCUGUGCGAUGCUGCCAGACGAUCCUAAACACUGUGCCUAGAGAUGGACAAAGAAGCGCUGCAGUUGCAAAGCUUCCCACUGGAUCUUUAACUGUUCUCCAUCACUUUUCUCGUGAAUAUAAAGCCACUGACUAGACUAGAAAGAGAGCGUGAUUACAGGCAUCUGUCUCUGUCUCAGAGCAUGGCUAUUCAGGAUACAUUCUGCUCUUAGCAAGCCAGAGAAUAAGCAAAGCUGAAGCUGAAGAUGGUUUGGAAUUAAUAGGAGUUUGUGCAUAAGUGUGCCCUUCCAGCCCAACUGCAGCGCCUGCUGAAUUGUCACCUCGUGCAUUUGGCCGAUGAAAGAGGAAACAAAGGACUUUGCAGGCUGUGACCAAUAUAAAGAUGUUUAUUUUACUUGCAACCUAAUGACACAAGGACUCGGAAUCUGGAUUCAUGCUUGGAUACACAUUUUAGUAUCUGUUCUACACAACCAGAACUGCUUCAUGAGCAACUAACAAAUACCCUAUCAGUGCCACAGCAUAUGGAUUUCCGGAACACAUGUGAUGAGGCAAAGACAGGAAUUUGUUUGUUGCAAGAUGGUAAUCAAGAACCUUUUAAAGUUCGGCUCCACUUAGCCAAAGAUAUUCUGAUGAUUCAGGAACAAGAUGUGAUCUGUGUGUCUGGAGAACCUUUCUAUUCUGGUGAGAGAACUGUUGCCAUCAGAAGGCAAACUGUAGGAGGAUUUGGACUAAGCAUAAAGGGAGGAUCAGAACAUAAUAUCCCAGUUGUUAUUUCCAAAAUAUCCAAAGAGCAAAGAGCUGAACUCUCUGGCCUUCUCUUCAUAGGAGAUGCAAUCCUGCAGAUCAACGGCAUAAAUGUGAGGAAGUGCAAGCAUGAAGAAGUGGUGCAAGUCUUAAGAAAUGCUGGAGAAGAAGUUACGCUGACAGUCUCCUUUCUCAAAAGAUCACCAGCUUUCCUAAAAUUGCCAUUAAAUGAAGAUUGUUCUUGUGUACCUUGUGACCAAAGCAGUGGCACAUCCUCUCCUCUCUGUGACAGCGGAUUACAUCUCAAUUAUCAUCCCAACAACACGGAUAGUUUAUCAUGUUCAUCAUGGCCAACUUCACCAGGUCUGAGAUGGGAAAAGAGAUGGUGUGAUCUACGGUUAAUUCCUCUUCUUCAUUCAAGACUAUCACAACAUAUUACAGGAACAGAUCUGUGCAGGCAAAAUGCUUUUCAGGUCACUGCUGUUGAUGGGGUUGGAAGUGGAAUAAUACAAUGUUUAUUGGCGGAAGAGUGCAUUGAUUGGUUGCAAUCUAUAUCUGCUAACAUAUCAAACCUCACAAAGCACAAUAUUAAAAAAAUCAACAGGAACUUUCCUGUAAAUCAACAGAUAGUGUUUUUGGGCUGGGUAGAAGAACGAGAACAGGAUACACUUAAAGACUAUGUAUAUUCACCAAAGUUCUUGGCAUUAAGAGGGUCUUCACUCUACAAAUUCAAUUCCCCUCCUGUUACUACAUGGGACUGGAUGCGAGCAGAGAAAAAGUUUACAGUAUAUGAAAUUAUGUGCAAGAUAUUUAAGGACAGUGAUCUUCUGGACCGCCGGAAACAUUGCUUUGGGGUACAGUCAGAAACGGGGGAAGAUCUCUACUUUUCUGUGGAAUUAGAAUGUGACCUAUUGCAGUGGGAGAAGGCUUUUCAGACAGCAACUUUUUUAGAAGUAGAGCGGAUUCAGUGCAAAACCUAUGCCUGUGUAAUUGAAAGCCAUUUGAUGGGUCUUACUAUCGAUUUUGGAAUGGGAUUUAUCUGCUUUGAUGCUGCAACAAAGGCAAUUCUGUGGAAAUACAAGUUCUCUCAACUCAAAGGUUCUUCAGAUGAUGGAAAAAGUAAAAUUAAAUUUUUAUUCCAGAACCAAGAUACAAAACAAAUUGAAGCAAAGGAGCUGGAGUUCUCCAAUCUCUUUGCAGUACUUCACUGUAUACAUUCAUUUUUUGCUGCUAAAGUUGCUUGUUUGGACCCUCGUUUUGUGGACAGUCAGGGAGCUGCCUCUGCUGCUGUAAUAACUACUUCUUGUGCCACAGCAGGUGUUUGUAAAAUGAAGUAUUCCACCUAAUGUUUUCAAAGAUUGUACAUAAUACGAUGACAUAAACUUCAUAAACUGUGAAUCCCUAUUUAUUGGAUAUACGCAGAUGGCAACUGUGUGAGCCAGAGGUCCUCCCAGUGAAACUCAAAAAGCUGAACUUUUUAAAGCAGGAAGGUAGUCUUGUGGGUUCAAUGGAUCACCAACUGUAUAUUCAUGAAAUUAUUAUUUCAUAGGUAUAACUGUGAACUCGGACAACCGUGAAAGCACUUUUAAUAUGAUCUGUGUUUUAAUGUUAGUACUCAGUAUUAAACUGACUUAUCAAUUCAAAACAGCAAAUGGAAACAUGAACUCAGCAAUGGUUUUAUGCUACUGGACAUUUCUCAAACAUAAAUAUUUGAUAAAUCCGUAUCAGGCUGAUAAAAUAAUGUUUUUCUGUUACAAGCAGUAAAGAAGAAAACCUUAGUUCUUGGAAGGGUCUCGUAUGGUGGGUAACCUUCAGUAGCCACACUUAUUGUAGGCACUGGUAAGAACCUUACAUAGAGAGCUCCUUAGUAAAUAAAGGUCUUAAGGGCACAUUUACUUUAGUGCAAAAAUUGGUGCAAUUUGUCGUGUUUCACCCACAACAUUUCUUUUCUGAAUUUCUGCAUAAUUGUGCCAAACACAGGUGGCCAAAAAAUUAGCAAAGGGUGCAGCUUGUGCCUCCAAGAGAAAUGGUGGCUCUUGGGCAGGGCUUGGACAUACAUUUUUGUGCUCUUCAACUUGUGCAGGAGUCAAUGCAUUAUACAAAGUGAAUAUAGUACUUUCUGCAUCAAUGUAAGCAGUUGUUAGGUGCAGGACUCCCUUGCACCAGAGCACACUGUCCCCAGCACCUCACACAACAUAGUAGGAGCAACUUGCAAGCUGGCACUAAGCACUAGAAGAUGAGUGCAAUAGCCACAAGCACAUUGUGUAUAGCAUUUUUAUGACACCAAUUCUUUACAUCCUUGCAUUUGUAAAUGAGCCCUAUAAUGUCAAAGUUACAAACACAAUCAGGUUUUCUUCCUUACUACGGUAUAUCAGUCUGUGUCUCCUUGAAGUGAGGAAGCCAUAAUGACAUCUGAAAAAAUUGUACAAAAGCCAGAAAUCUGGUGCCAUGACUUUCAAAGUCAUCUCUGAAAACCGGCAACUUUGUGUAUACGGAUAAGGCAAGGUGACCUCUGGUUGGUUAGCAUGGCAUCAUGACUCGGUUUCUUAAGCACUGUUUAGUAUUACUAUAACUGGGUGAUGUUGCGCUCCCAAAGAAUUGUUUAUACUUUUUUGAUCUAUUAACAUUAAUUUUACUAACUGAGGAGAAUAACAGUAUAAGACACAGUUUAAAGCAGUAACCUACAGUAUGCUGCAGAAUAAGCAAUAUUGAGUGUGACUCUCAUUGAAAAACUUCUAUAUUAGAACCUGUUGGUAAUGACUGUGAUACUACAAAAAUGUGAAAAUGGUUGAGAAUGACGAGGUCUAAGAUGCCUUUAUAGCAGAAAGUAAUCUGAGUCACAAGCAGAAGCCUUUCUUGGUAUUCAAUGAACAAAAAUUAAAGGAUUUUUGAAAUAUAAGAAAUGACAAAAUUUUCAUAUAAUGAUGGUACUCUUGAUUUUACAUUAAGAAGAGAUGCAUUAUAGUGUUAAAAUAUUAUAUAGAAUAAAAUAUUUUAAUGAUGUGCCUGUCUUUUAAUAAAUACAGAAUGCAAAA